GCCGCCGAUUGGCGGUGCGGAGCAGAUCGGGCGCUGAUUGGGCGGCGGGCGGGCCGUUCGGGGCGGCUCCGGUGGGUUCGGCUGCCCCGGAGUGAUAAGUUCGGCUGCAGACUAGCCGCCGCGCCAGCAGCGAGUUGGAGCUCUAUGGAGGUGGCGGCGGGUACCGGGUGGUGGCUGCAGCAGCGACUCCCCUGAGCUGAGACCUUCACCUAGUCCCCGGCUCCUUCCCCCUUCCCUCCCCCUUUUUUGUUUUCCGUUCCCCUCCCCCUUCCCCCCGUCCCCGACGACCGGAUCCUGAGGAGGCAGCUGCGGCGGCGGCUGCUGAGGCCUCGGUGAAGGUUUUCACUUCUCCCCCCCUCCCCCCACCCCUCCCCACCCCCAUCCAUUAAUAUUAUUCUUUUGAAGACUCUUCGUUGUCAAGCCGCCAAAGUGGAGAGUGCGAUUGCAGAAGGGGGUGCUUCUCGUUUCAGUGCUUCUUCGGGCGGAGGAGGAAGUAGGGGUGCACCUCAGCACUAUCCCAAGACUGCCGGCAACAGCGAGUUCCUGGGGAAAACCCCAGGGCAAAACGCUCAGAAAUGGAUCCCUGCACGAAGCACUAGACGAGAUGACAACUCCGCAGCAAACAACUCCGCAAACGAAAAAGAACGACAUGACGCAAUCUUCAGGAAAGUAAGAGGCAUACUAAAUAAGCUUACUCCUGAAAAGUUUGACAAGCUAUGCCUUGAGCUCCUCAAUGUGGGUGUAGAGUCUAAACUCAUCUUAAAAGGGGUCAUACUGCUGAUUGUGGACAAAGCCCUUGAAGAGCCAAAGUAUAGCUCACUGUAUGCUCAACUAUGUCUGCGACUGGCAGAAGAUGCACCAAACUUUGAUGGCCCAGCAGCUGAGGGUCAACCAGGACAGAAGCAAAGCACAGUAAGGACAUUCAGACGCCUCCUAAUUUCCAAACUACAAGAUGAAUUUGAAAACCGAACCAGAAAUGUUGAUAUCUAUGACAAACGUGACAACCCCCUCCUUCCUGAGGAGGAGGAACAGAGAGCCAUUGCUAAGAUCAAGAUGUUGGGGAACAUCAAAUUCAUUGGAGAACUUGGCAAGCUUGAUCUUAUUCAUGAAUCUAUCCUUCAUAAGUGCAUCAAAACACUUUUGGAAAAGAAGAAGAGAGUACAACUCAAAGAUAUGGGAGAGGAUUUGGAGUGCCUCUGUCAGAUAAUGAGGACAGUGGGACCUAGGUUAGACCAUGAAAGAGCCAAGUCCUUAAUGGAUCAGUAUUUUGCCCGAAUGUGUUCCUUAAUGCUAAGUAAGGAAUUGCCAGCAAGGAUUCGUUUCCUGCUGCAGGAUACUGUGGAGUUGCGAGAACACAAUUGGGUUCCUCGCAAAGCUUUUCUUGACAAUGGACCAAAGACGAUCAAUCAAAUCCGUCAAGAUGCAGUAAAAGAUCUAGGAGUUUUUAUUCCUGCUCCUAUGGCUCAAGGGAUGAGAAGUGACUUUUUCCUGGAGGGACCGUUCAUGCCACCCAGGAUGAAACUCGACAGGGACCCACUUGGAGGACUUGCUGAUAUGUUUGGACAAAUGCCAGGUAGCGGAAUUGGUACUGGUCCAGGAGUUAUCCAGGAUAGAUUUUCACCCACCAUGGGACGUCAUCGAUCAAAUCAACUCUUCAAUGGCCAUGGGGGUCAUAUCAUGCCUCCUACACAAUCCCAGUUUGGAGAGAUGGGAGGCAAGUUUAUGAAAAGCCAGGGGCUAAGCCAGCUCUACCAUAACCAGAGUCAGGGACUCUUAUCCCAGCUGCAAGGACAGUCGAAGGAUAUGCCACCUCGGUUUUCUAAGAAAGGACAGCUUAAUGCAGAUGAGAUUAGUCUGAGGCCUGCUCAAUCUUUCCUAAUGAAUAAAAAUCAAGUGCCAAAGCUUCAGCCCCAGAUAACUAUGAUUCCUCCCAGUGCGCAACCACCACGCACUCAAACACCACCUCUGGGACAGACUCCUCAGCUUGGCCUCAAAACUAAUCCACCACUUAUUCAAGAAAAGCCUGCCAAGAUCAGUAAAAAGCCUCCACCAUCAAAAGAAGAACUACUCAAACUAACUGAAGCUGUGGUGACAGAGUAUCUGAAUAGUGGGAAUGCAAAUGAUGCUGUCAAUGGUGUACGGGAAAUGAGGGCCCCUAAACACUUUCUCCCAGAGAUGUUAAGCAAAGUAAUCAUCCAAUCACUAGACAGGACUGAUGAAGACAAAGAAAAAGCGAGUGCUUUGAUCAGUUUACUCAAACAGGAAGGAAUAGCCACUAGUGACAACUUUAUGCAGGCUUUCCAGAAUGUAUUGGAUCAGUGCCCAAAACUUGAGGUAGACAUCCCUUUGGUGAAAUCCUAUUUAGCACAAUUUGCAGCCCGGGCCAUCAUUUCAGAGUUGGUGAGCAUUUCAGAGCUAGCUCAACCACUGGAAAGCGGCACCCACUUCCCUCUCUUCUUACUUUGCCUUCAACAAUUAGCUAAGCUCCAAGAUCGUGAAUGGUUAACAGAACUUUUCCAACAAAGCAAAGUCAAUAUGCAGAAAAUGCUUCCAGAAAUCGAUCAGAAUAAGGAUCGAAUGUUGGAGAUUUUGGAGGGAAAAGGACUUAGUUUCUUGUUCCCACUUCUCAAAUUAGAGAAGGAACUGUUGAAGCAAAUAAAGUUGGAUCCAUCCCCUCAAACCAUAUAUAAAUGGAUUAAAGACAACAUUUCUCCCAAACUUCAUGUAGACAAGGGAUUUGUGAACAUUUUAAUGACUAGCUUCUUGCAGUAUAUCUCUAGUGAAGUAAGCCCACCCAAUGAGGAAACAGAUUCUUCCUCUGCUCCUUCUAAAGAGCAGUUGGAGCAGGAAAAACAACUGCUUCUCUCUUUCAAGCCAGUAAUGCAGAAGUUCCUUCAUGAUCACGUUGACCUACAAGUUAGUGCCCUGUACGCUCUUCAGGUGCACUGCUACAAUAACAACUUCCCCAAAGGCAUGUUACUGCGCUUCUUUGUUCAUUUCUAUGAUAUGGAAAUAAUUGAAGAGGAAGCUUUCCUGGCAUGGAAAGAGGAUAUAACCCAAGAGUUUCCAGGGAAGGGCAAGGCUUUAUUCCAGGUCAACCAAUGGCUCACCUGGCUGGAAACUGCUGAAGAAGAAGAAUCAGAGGAAGAAGCUGAUUAAAGACCAGCCAAAGCCUUAAAAUUGUGCAAACAUACUGUUGCUAGGAUGUAACUGCGUUUGACCUAACCACUGCGAAAAUUCAUUCCGCUGUCAUGUUUUCACAAUAUCUAAAGCAGAAGCAUGUCAAUAGGAUGUUCUUCUGCCUAAGGUUUUUUGUAGUGUAACGUCUUAAUCAUAGUCUACCAUCAAAUAUCUUAGAGUAUCCUUAAUGUUUAGAUAGUGUAUUAGCAGCAUGCAAUAAUUACAUCCUGAGUUCUCAAGCAGAGGCAGUCUGUUGCAAGGACCUUCUUGGCUGCCAGUUAUCAUAGUCUGUUUUAAGUUAGAAAACUGAAUAGCAACACUGAAUACUGUAGAGAUGCACUUUGCUCAGUGUAAUACUUGAGUCGUUGCAAUAUUUGAUUAUCCAUUUGGUUGUUACAGAGGAUUCUUAACUGUAAUCGAUGGUUGUUGCCGUAAUAGUAUAUUGCCUGUAUUUCUACCUCUAGUAAUGGGCUUUAUGUACUAGAUUUUAAUAUCCUUGAGCCUGGGCAAGUGCAUAAGUCUUUUUAAAAGAAACAUGGUUUACUUGCACAAAACUGAUCAGUUUUGAGAGAUCGUUAAUGCCCUUGAAGAGAAGUGGUUUUUGUGGGUGUGAAACAAAAAUGGUGAGAAUUUGAAUUGGUCCCUCUUAUUAUAGUAUUGAAAUUAAGUCUACUUAAUUUAUCAAGUCAUGUUCAUGCCCUGAUUUUAUAUACUUGUAUCUAUCAAUAAACAUUGUGAUACUUGAGGGG